CAGGACUAUAAAACCUCACCUAAACAUCCUGAGACUGAGAAGAAAGCAAACUGAACCCAUCAUGGUGUUUUCCAGAUGCUUCCUCUGUGCAGCAGUUCUGACUCUGAUGGCUGUUUCCAUGGAGACCUCAUCUAGUGGAGGCCAACGCAGCCACAGCUUCGACCUGUCAGGUCAGAGGCUGACAGAUCUCUACAACUCUCAGGUGUACAACGCUGAGAGGAUGAGGAGGCCAAAAGGAAGUAAUCCAUCUGCUGUUGGACCGUUCAGUCACUCUGGAGUUCGAGUGACGCUGGGUGAUGGAUCCCAGUGGCUCAUCCAUAAAGGAGAUGGAUACGGAAUUUCCUCCCAGACGGUGGUGACGGAUGCUCAACACAUGAGCUCGGCCUGGGAGCCGAUCAGCACCAGAGACUUCCAGGGUACCAAAACCGUUUCAGACUUUGUGAAGGCCGGCGGCCCCAACUACAACGUCCUCCUGGAUAACUGCCACCUGGGGUCCCGCAGGAUGAUGAACCAGUGA